GCGCGGCAAGAGCAUCAAUCGCCGAAUAAUCUACACUAUGUCGCCUCCUGCCUCUACCGUUUGCUGUCUUACCUCUUUUUAACUUUCCACAGUAUCUAUUUAAUCACGACUAAUCUAUCUCCGCAAUUUCUCAUGCUAUUUAUCUUUAAAUCUACUCAUUUAAUUCAAUCCUAGUUCCUCCAACUCUGAAAAUCUUCCAAACAUUACACGAUAGCUUCAAAUCUAAUCGCGUAAGGUUGCGCUCAGAAAACCCAUCAAAUCCCAUCACACGAGCGUGGCGCCCACCAAUUCCGAAAUUCUGCCUGCGACGUAACAGCUAGCAUAAUUCAACAUGGUAUUAUUAUCAGAUUCUUCGUCGAUAAGCUCCUUAUCGUCCGACUCGCCUGAAGCGGACAAUGACUUUGAUGACACCGGAGUUGUUGACGAACCAGCGCCGCCCCCUUCGAAAAGACAGAAGUUAGGCGACGGAUCGCGAGCUUCUUCUUCUGUCCAUGUCGAACCCGAACCUGAGCAAGAAUCAGACAAUGAUUUAGAUGGCGAUAUCUCAUCAGACACUUCCGGGGACAUUCCCAAUUCUCCAAUAAAUGCAAAGCUAGACGAGGAUGAAUUCCAGGAACAGGUCACAGUGUGCGCCUGGGAUGGAUGUCGGGCGGGCGACCUAGGCAAUAUGGACAGACUCGUCGAGCACAUUCACAACGAUCAUAUCGAAAGUCGACAGAAGAAGUACACCUGCGAAUGGGUUGGCUGUACUAGAAAGAGUAUGGCGCAUGCCAGUGGAUAUGCACUGAAGGCUCAUAUGAGAAGCCACACAAGAGAAAAGCCUUUCUACUGUUAUUUGCCUGAAUGCGACCGCGCUUUCACCAGAUCCGAUGCGCUUGCUAAGCACAUGCGAACAGUUCAUGAAACUGAGGCAUUACGACCAUCCGAUCCCGUACCCAAGAGUAUGCAGACUCAGACCGGGCCUAAGUCAGGAAAGCUGAAGAUUAUCAUCAAAACCCCACAAUCCCAUGCCGCUGGUCAGGACGACGCCGUCGACGAUGGAGAUACAGGUUCCGACUUGGCGGACUUUUUCACUCCCUUGACAGAGCAACAAGGCUUCUCCAACAACGAGUUGGCUAUGGACAUCAAGACACUCUACAAGUUAUGUGUAGCAAAUGUCAAGUGGGCAACGAAAGAAGGCGAAACCUUAAAAGAAGAGUGCAAAGAGAUGGAAGAGAUGUAUAGACAGGAAUGGCUAGAGAAGGAAGCUCUACUUGAUCAAGUUAUCCAGAUCGAAGAAGACUGGUGGCAGAGACGUGAAUUGGUCCUCAGAGCAGAGGCGAAAGCCCAUAUGACCAAGAAUGAAGAGAGAGCUGGAUCUAUAGGGGAUGACCAGGAAGCGGUGAUGGAUUCACUCGCUACGGCAGUUAGCUCCGCGGACUAGGUUUAUGGGGUCCACAUUUCCUGUAACGAAGACUUGAUGCAGAUGGAAUCCUCUGAGGCCUAGAAUAGGAGACCAGUAAUGUUCUCCGCGCCUGGGGUUUAUGGGGUUUAUUAAGAUAGAGUGCGUUCGGAGUCUUAACGGGAUAUACCGGAGUAUAUUUAAGGACCCAGCAGGAACGAGAUACUUCUUUAACGAAAUAUACUAAAAGUUGCUUUUAGCAC